GCCCCCGCAGGCCCGGGCUGGCGGCGGCGAGAGCCGCGUUCCGCUGCGGCCGCUCACGGAGCAGAGCGCGCUGCAGGACGACGAGAUUUGGAAUGCCUUGACUGAUAAUUAUGGCAAUGUGAUGCCAGUUGACUGGAAAUCUUCCCACACCAGAGCUUUGCACUUGCCAACACUGAAUCUUUCAGAAAAAGGGGUAAAUGACAACUUGAACCUUGACUUGUCAGAUGAUGAAGAGCUGAGAGAACAGUUGGAUAUGCAUUCUAUAAUUGUUUCCUGCAUCAAUGAAGAGCCACUCUUCACAGCAGAGCAGGUGAUUGAAGAAAUAGAGGAAAUGAUGCAGGAGUCGCCUGAUCCAGAAGAUGAUGAAACGCCCACCCAAUCAGAUCGGCUCUCUAUACUUUCCCAGGAAAUUCAGACCCUCAAGAGAUCCAGUACAAACAACAGCUAUGAAGAGAGAGUGAAAAGAUUGUCCGUUGCUGAAUUAAAUGAACUGCUAGAAGAAAUUGAGACUGCUAUUAAGGAUUAUUCUGAGGAACUGGUACAGCAGCUGGCUCUACGAGAUGAGUUGGAGUUUGAGAAGGAAGUGAAAAACAGCUUCAUUUCUGUCCUCAUUGAAGUACAAAACAAACAACGAGAACAUAAAGAAACGGCAAAGAAGAAAAAGAAGCUGAAAAAUGGUAGUCCUCAGAAUGGCAAACAAGAAAGAGGUCAUAUGCCUGGAACACGCUUCAGCAUGGAAGGGAUCUCAAAUGUCAUACAGAAUGGCUUCCGCCACACGUUUGGAAACUCGAGUGGAGAGAAACAGUACUUAACAACCGUCAUUCCUUAUGAGAAGAAAAAUGGACCCCCAUCUGUUGAAGAUCUUCAAACAUUAACCAAAAUUCUGCAUGCCAUGAAGGAGGAUAGCGAGAAAGUGCCAAGCUUGUUAACAGACUAUAUUUUAAAGGUUCUGUGUCCUACAUGAAGAGAGCUGCCUUUCAGAAUUAGCCAUGCUCCUUUCUGUGAUGAGAAGCUUUCCUUGGAUAUAACUCAUAGUAUUUUUUUCAUUUGGCACUAUACCUAAAGCAGUAUUCAUUUACCUCCUCUGUGUGUGUGGAUUUUCUGAUCCUACAGUAAGUCAUCCGGGCAUGACAACUCAUCCAGUUUAACUUAAUAGUGCAAUGAACUGGAGCAGGGAACAAACAUUGUACAGUUUUACUUGCAUUGUUCUGACUUUUUAAAGUCUAUUUUUACAUUGUAUAGCAUGUAGUAAAUCCUCCUGCACAUUUUGUUGUUGGAAGGAAAGGUAAACUUUGAAUAGUGUAAAUAAAAUAAGCCUCAUUUUAAGGAAUCCAUAUUUAAAAGUAUCCUUAGUUCCUAAACAGAGAUGAAAAAAUGAUCUUAGUCAGACUUGGAAUUUAAGAACUCAAGUGAGUUUCCAGGACACUCCAGAAAGGUGAUUGUGAAAGUCAGCAAUCAACACUGCUUUGUAAAUGGUAACUCUGAACUAUACAACAGAUUUGUUCAUACAUCAACAAAUCCCAGAUUUCUUGGUUUGACAUAAAUAAUUGUGUGUUACUUGUUCUUGGCAUUAACACAAACAUCUGACUAAGGUAGUAUUUCAUGUUUGGUUUCAUUUUAAUCAAUAAUGUUCAUGUGGCUUAGAUACUCUCCCAUAUUGCUGCUAUAAUUUUACUAGUUUUAAAAGGUGUUUGAUCUUAACGAAAAUGCUUCGAUAUAUAAACAUUUUAAAAGGCAGUAUCUUUUUAAAAAUACAUGUACAGUUUGAAAAACUUGCACCUGGCUUCCAAGUUAGUAUUAUAUUGAGAUGUUUGUUGCUGUGUAUCUCUAAAUUUUACUACAAAUUUACCUUGUAAAUUGUUUGCACUGUCUACUCUGUGAUGAGGUACCUGCAUUCAAACAGAUGAGAAUGUAUUUUACAAAUCCUGUAAAAUAAAUGUACCCCAUAAUCUCUACUUUAAAUACUUGUCACAAGUAAUUUUGCCAGUCUAAAAGGUUAGAUUGAAAUGUAAGGAGUACUAAGUGAAAAAAAAGACAACCCAUUUUUUUUCUAGGUUGAAUUCCUAUUGAUUCUUCAUCCAAAUGAAUAGAAUGAAUAUCUGAAGGCAUUGGAAUAGGAGGUUCUAAAGAGAUAAACAUGUGUUUCCUUCAGUUUUUUCCAUCUAAAGUCUUCAGGGGUUUUGUUAGUUAAAGAGAAAUUUUACCUUGCAUCAUCUUUAAUGUUCAGCUUUAUCAUCAUCAUCAAAUACUGUUUUAAUCAGUAACACAACAUGGUUUGAAGAUAGUUCUCAUAAUGUUGGUUUGGGUUUUUUUUUCCUAAAGGCCUCAAUAUCUUUGUCUUUUGUGCCUUUUUCAGCUUAAAAUUCUUUUUCUCCUCCCUCUCCCCCACUUGACCACCAAUGGAUACUUGCCAGCCUGCUCAGGAAUAAAUAGAUUCUCUCCGUAAGUGUGGCAUAUGUGAAGAAGUUUUUUUGUUGUUUUAUUUUAAUUCAUUUGUGGCUUCUCUAAAAAGAAAGCAGCCAUUUAUUUCUGUAGCUGGUGUGUUAUAAAUUCAUUAUGGCAUGCUUUUUAUGUAGAAAUUCUUGAUGUUGACUUUUUGAUGCCUGGAAAUGGGCAGAGGGGAUGACCCUGCUUUAUUUUAAAAAAGGUGCACAUGCAAAACCCACCAUUUCUCUGUGUGAGAUUAUUCAGAGGUGCUUCAAUCUCCUGAUGAGGCUUGAAGUGACAAGAUGGAACAAAAUAAAACAACAAUUAAGAGAAGAUCAAAAAAGAAAAAAAAAAAAAAGACAACAACAAAAAAACUUCUGUCAAAGUUUAUGUUACUUUUCACAAAUCUUGGAUGUCUUAAAGUCACAAACUACUAAAAGUAAUGAAACUGAAAAUAACAACCAGAGACAGUUUAGUGAGAUAAGCAUCUGCUUGGGAAUUUCAUGCCUCUCGUCAGACUAAACAAGACUUCCAUUAUGAAAAGUACCUGUUUACCUUGUAUGCAUUAAACAGCUGCCAAAUGUGGCAAGUAUUAUAUGUAUACCUAUAUAUGUACAUAAAAAAAAAACCAGAUCUCAAAACAUUUGAAUAAAAAGAACCAUGCAAAUCUUCUUUUCUGCUGA